UAUCAGUCCUCCGUCUUUUCUCGUGCCUUCUACUUUAUGUAGCUUCUUCUUCUUCUUCUUCUGUCAAGAAGUACCUCAUUAGGAUCAUCAGCGCCUAAUCGCGGACCGGUCCGUACGCCGUGAUUUGAUACUCCUUCUCUCUCUCUCUCUGUCUCUGAGCUUGUCUGUGUAACAAUGGCGACCGUGAUGCAGAAGAUUAAGGAUAUCGAAGAUGAGAUGGCAAGGACUCAAAAGAACAAAGCUACUGCUCAUCACCUGGGCUUGCUCAAGGCUAAACUUGCAAAGUUAAGAAGAGAACUUCUUACGCCCACCUCAAAAGGAGGUGGUGGAGCUGGUGAAGGUUUUGAUGUUACUAAAAGUGGAGAUGCCAGAGUUGGUUUGGUGGGUUUCCCUUCAGUUGGGAAAUCCACACUGUUGAAUAAAUUAACUGGAACUUUUUCAGAGGUUGCUUCCUAUGAAUUCACAACCUUAACAUGCAUUCCUGGAGUGAUUACGUACCGAGGAGCUAAAAUUCAGCUGUUGGAUCUCCCUGGAAUUAUUGAGGGUGCAAAGGAUGGAAAGGGUAGGGGGAGGCAGGUGAUCAGCACUGCUAGGACAUGCAAUUGCAUUAUAAUCGUUCUUGAUGCAAUAAAGCCAAUAACUCACAAACGUCUAAUAGAAAAGGAGCUUGAAGGAUUUGGCAUAAGGUUGAACAAGGAACCACCUAAUUUGACAUUCAGGAAGAAAGAUAAGGGUGGAAUUAAUUUCACCUCAACAGUUGCCAACACACAUCUAGACCUUGAUACCGUGAAGGCAAUAUGUAGUGAAUACAGGAUUCACAAUGCUGACAUUACUCUUAGGUUUGAUGCAACUGCUGAUGACCUCAUAGAUGUAAUUGAGGGCAGUAGAAUAUAUAUGCCUUGCAUCUAUGCUGUAAAUAAGAUUGAUCAGAUUACACUAGAGGAAUUAGAGAUUUUGGAUAAGCUUCCUCACUACUGUCCAGUCAGUGCCCACCUUGAAUGGAAUCUAGAUGGUUUGCUGGAUAAAGUAUGGGAGUAUCUUAAUUUGACUCGUAUUUACACUAAACCUAAAGGGAUGAAUCCAGACUAUGAAGAUCCUGUAAUCCUGUCAUCCAAGAAGAGAACAGUUGAAGAUUUCUGUGAACGAAUUCAUAAGGAUAUGGUUAAGCAAUUUAAGUAUGCAUUGGUUUGGGGAUCUAGUGCAAAGCACAAACCGCAAAGAGUUGGCAAGGAGCAUGAGCUUGAAGACGAAGAUGUUGUCCAGAUUAUCAAAAAGGUGUGAUUGAAACCAAUAUGAUCUGAAUCCUGUAUCAAACCGGUAUUCCAAUGACUGCAAGAGUGCAUAAAGUUUCAGAGCAUGCUUUGAUAGAAUGCCUUUUAGCUGAAGAGUAGGUGGCAGUUAGACAGCUUGGUAUGUAAAUGAAGCCAUUUUAUGUGGCAAGCUACUUUUUUGUGAUUUUGGCCUUUGCCUGGUCCAUUUUUGUUACCUUAAUAUUAUGUAUGAUUUAGUAAGAGAUUUGGAUAUGUUUACAAAACUAGUCGGAUGAACCUAUAAUGAAGAAAUAAAUAAAUAAUAAAACAGGAACUCGCAUUUUGGAAUUUGCAUCUACUCUUUUUGUUGAAAAGCAUAAUUAUUGUCAACAUGGAACUUCCUACAUUCGUAGAACUUCUGCUUCCAGCAUGCCUUGUGUUAGUGUUUUUUGUCUUUGUUCUGAAUUAGCUGUGGUUUUCCCAAUUUAACUUAAUCAUGCCAAAGGUAAUACAGAAUACACUUUUGAAUAUGCUUGUAUACUCUGCCGAGAUCAACUUUCAGCGCAAUAAACAAUCUUCUAUUUUAAGAAGCAGAACAAUUUUCCUUGAUCAUGCACGAUAAACAUGACCAAUUAUGAUGGUGUUCUGCUGCUUGUGCUAUUUCAGCUUUUAAGUUUCUGCGUACCUUAGGGUUGUAAAUAUAAAUAGGUUCGAACGGUGCAAAUUUGGCUGGUUGGAACUGACUCCCCAAGAAAACAGUUAAAUACAAAAUUGAACUUCAAAAUGUUGCUUUUUUGGUUUUUAAUUGUUAAUUGAGACCCUUUGUUGCAACUAUAUUUUCUUUAAUUUGAGUGAGAAUUUUUGUUAGAUAUUUUUAUUUAUAAAAAAAAAAUAACAAAGAUAACAUUAAAAAGUCAACGUUUUAUUUUAUUUUUUUAAGCCUGAAAAAGAUAUGGCUUCUUAUUCUAAGAGUUCCAGCUCAAUUAGCUUGACCUUGUGUGAACGAACCGAGUUCAACUAAAAACUAAACUUUUUUAUUUUAAAUCAAUCAAACUGAGCUUACAUCGUGCAGGAUAUUCCAUAACUUUAUAAUCAUAAAAUGAUCACUAAAAAAUUUAUAUAAGCCAAACUUAAAAAUUAUAAUAUUCAGUUCGGCUUGGCUGAUUUACAUUCUUCUUUCAUGCUAUUGCAAUGUUGCAAAUUCUUAAGGGAUUUAAUACAUACUUAAAAAGCAAAGGACCCAAGGAAAAAAAGAAAAGAAAAAAAAAAAAUCAGUUGCCACUUGAAACCACCAAUACAUUACAAAC